CGCCCUCCCCCUGGCGUCCCAGACAGCGGAGGGAGCCGCCACCGCUGCAGGGGCCGCCGCGGGGAUGCCGAGCGCGGACGCCGCCGCUCUCUUCUGCGCGCUGCUCUGCUGAAGGUUCACAGGACUCAAUUACUGGAAUUGUCAACUCGACCAAUUUACGUGCACAUUUCUCUUCCACUAUGAGCAGACCAAUUGAAUUACACAUUUGUCUGGCUUUCUGUAGCCUUCUACUUCUCAACUUUGCCAUACAAUGCCUGGCUUUCCCCAACGUGGAAAGAAGGGAGAUAGUACUUCUUCAUGCAGAAAAAGGACAGUCUGAGAGGCUAAACACAGAUGACCUAGAAAAUGACUCUGUUACUUCAAAGUACACUCCGGUCUCUGGAGAUCCAAUGAUAGUGUUAGCCGGAUCAUCAGCAAUGUCUUUAAAUAAAGUAUUCCCUAGUAACAAAGAAACCCCUCCUGUAGGAGCUGGGCUCAUGCGGGCUGAUGGUUCUAACAUUUACACUGCUACUGAGCCAGAGGUCCCAGCAAGGGAAGAAGUGUCCGGUUCUAGCCAGCCAGAGAGAAUGUCUCCCCAAAGCCGACCUUCCAAGGCCACGUUAACCAACCCUGUCACGCCAACUGCUUCUCUGAAUAUUGAUGAGAGGGAGGAAUCCUCCCGUGGUACUAUCAUUCAGCCCACUGUGGAAGGAACCACUGAAGCAACACAAGGUUUUCUGAGCUAUGUGGAUGAUCAGUUGUUUGCAACUGAAAGCCCGGAAGGACUUAGUCUGGGGCAUUCACCUUUAUCCCUUGUGAAUACUAAAGAAAUGCUAACCACCAGUCCAAGGACUGAGAAAUUUGAGGCAAACCCAGAACAUAAGACCACUUCUUUUCCUGGCUCUAAGCUCACAGCAGGCACUGAGUCUUCCCAGAUGACAGCUGAUAAUACCCAGGCUACUGCCGCCACUAAGCCCCGGCUCCCAACCUCGGAGUCCAUCCUGAGUGUUGACCCAGAAGCUGACAGCCUGCUCGGAGCCCCAGCAGUCACGAUGAGUGUCAGCACAGCUGUUGCAGCUGCUCCUGUCGUAAGUGAUGAGUGGGAUGACACCAGAUUAGACAGUGUAAGCCAGAUAAAGACCCCAGAGCUUGGAGACAGUACAGAGACACAGGUGAGACUGGAAAUAUCUCAGACAACCCAAGCAGCCGAUGUCAGUCUGGAAGGCAUGGAAGGGGGCGAAGCUUCGACAGAGGCUGCAGAUGUGAGUCUGAAGCUGCCUGAAAUGGAAACACACAUGGAGACCACCCUGCCAAUGGCACGUGGGGGUGAGAGAGCAUCUGAUCAGAGUUCCUUUACUCCCCCAAGUCCAAUGGGAGAUCCGAAAGUCUCUGUCAUGAACCUGGUCCAGGAUACUGCGGACUUUGUGGAAUCCACCAAGGAGAACAGUGCCAUGUUCUUAGAGACCACUGUUUCCAUCUCCGAAUAUGAGUCUGAGGUGCAUCAACCAUUGGGAAAUAGAUUUAAAGACAUCGUCACUCAAGAGAUGACAACAGCUGUUCAAGCAGCAGAAGCCGCUGUGUCUUUGGUGACACAGGAUCAGCAGGUUUCUCCCCUCGAGGUCACCAGAGGCGAGGACGAGACCGGGGGAGGGAGGGAGUUGCCCUCUGCCACAGCAGAUGGUCCUCACGUUACUCAGCUGUCCAGAAGAUGGGAGCCUCUGGCCACUGUGGUUUCAACAACACCCAUCCCUGUGUCUUUCGAAGUUACUCCUGCUGUGGAAGACCUAAUGGACACAGUCACAGGGCCGAAUGAGGAGUUGUUCACACCAAUUUUGGGUUCUCCAGUGACGCCCCCUGGAAUAAUGGAGGAGGCCCCCAGCACUUCCCCAGCACUUGCUGAUCCUGAGGCAUCUUCUGAAAGAAGAACUGCGGCUCCAUCCUUUAGCUAUGUUAACACAGCUACCUCCUAUGGCCUGGACCAACUUGAAUCUGAAGAGGGAGAAGAUGAUGAAGAUGAAGAGGAUGAAGAGGAAGAGGAUGAAGAGGAAGAAGAUGAGGAGGAAGAUGAGGAAGAUAAAGAUGCCGACUCCCUGGACGAGACCUUGGGUGACACCGAGCUGCCUGGGUUCACGCUCCCUGGCAUCACGUCUCAGGAACCUGGCUUAGAGCAGGAAAACGUGGUCUCUUUGGAGGGAGUCACCUUCCAGGUGCCAGAUGCCAUCCAGUGGGAACAGCAGAAUCAGGGCCUGGUGAGAAGCUGGAUGGAAAAGCUAAAAGACAAGGCAGGCUAUAUGUCUGGGAUGUUGGUGCCCGUAGGGGUUGGGAUAGCUGGAGCCUUGUUCAUCUUGGGAGCGCUCUACAGCAUUAAGGUUAUGAAUCGCCGAAGGAGAAACGGCUUCAAAAGGCAUAAAAGAAAGCAGAGAGAAUUCAACAGCAUGCAGGAUCGAGUCAUGCUCUUAGCCGACAGUUCCGAAGAUGAAUUUUGAACUGAACUGGAGUUUAAUUGGGAGAGUCAACGUGAUGUAAUUAUUUUUUAUUUGAGGGCCAAAAAAACCCAAAAAAAACAAAAGAGAACAACAUUCUGCCACAUUGGGGCUGUCAGGCCAUUGAUCUCACUGUCUGCUGGGUAGUAGAUUUUUCUUGUACUGAGCAGAAAAGGCAUGCUGUAUAUGAACUGUGAUGCGCAGUAUUUGUUUUUAUCCUGUAGUGAAUUUUCCACAGCCAUGGGCUACAACUCGUAAAUAUGCAGCAUACAUGUUGUUCAGUAGGAGUUGCUAGGUUAGAUAGAGUAAAUGUUUUGUAUUUUUCCGCAGUGUCUUUCCCUUGGUUUGGAUUACCUGUGCUAAAGUGUAACAGUGCUGCCAAGGCACACUUGACUCUGAAAUAGAAAUCUUAACAAAGAAGAACCUGUGAUGACUGCUCAACCUACUUGAACCCUUGGCUUGUGGCCCACGGCACACACUACAUUUGCAUCGAAACUAGCAGCAACUCGGAAUGAAAUCUUUUUCAUCAAGAAGAUCUCUCAGCGCAUUAGGAUAUAUGUAGAUUUGUACGUACCUUACAUUAUGUACUUGAGUCUCCUGGUUUUAUUAUUUUCCCCCUUCCUUUUUAUUCUCAUUCUUGGCAAAGAAAAAAAUGCACUAGAAGUAAUGCAUUAAAUUGACUCUCGGUCUUCAUGUAA